AUGGGUGGUGUAUUUCACGUCGUGCAGUUCAAGUUCAAGAGUGGGAUUGGUGCAGAAAAGUUGAAAGAUAUCUGUGACCAGAUGCUGGGGCUGCGGCAGAAAUGCAUUCAUCCGACGACCCAGAAACCUUACAUCAAGGUCUCGUAUGGCGGCAAGGAAAAUUCCGUCGAGGGUUUACAUGAUGGAUACACCCACAUUUUCAUCGUUGAGUUUGACUCGACUGAGGACAGGACUUAUUAUGCUCUAAAGGACCCAGCUCACAGCGAGUAUUCUAAACUCAUUGGCUCAGUGGCGGCUCAGGUGCACGUGGUGGAUUUUACCGAUGGUGUCUAUGAGUGA